CUCACUCUCAUUCUAACUCUAAACUCUGCACUCACCCUCUCUCUCACACACACUCUCCGACGCUGCCGCCGGCCACCUGCAGAAUCAUGGGUAAACACAUGAUGAUCACUUGCUUCAUGAUACUGUUGUGUACACUUGAAGCAUCUGCGUAGAGAAAGUCAACUACACUAUGCUAUACUCGGCCGUUCCAAAAGGGGCAGUUUGUUUGGACGGAACUCCACCAGCAUAUGCCUACAGUAAGGGAUUUGGAGAUGGAUCUACAAACUGGGUAGUACUCUUGGAGGGUGGAAGAUGGUGUGAUUUAGAGGAAGAGACCUGUCAAAAUAGGUCAAAAACCUACUAUGGCAGCACUGACCAUGAAUUUCCUAUUGACGGGAUACUAUUCAAAGGAAUACUUGACUCAAAUAGUCAAGCUAAUCCCGAUUUCUACGAUUGGCAUAAAGUUUUUGUUCACUAUUGUGAUGGCUCGUUGUUUUUGUCGGACGUCGACCAAGUUGAUCCUACUAACAGCCUCACAUUCCGAGGUGGGAGGAUCUAUAAUGCUAUAAUGGAGGAGCUGCUUAACAAAGGAAUGGGGAUUGCUCACAAUGCUAUCUUGACGGGUUUCUCAGCAGGUGGAUUGAGCACAAUCCUACAUUGUGAUAGAUUCCGAGCCCUCUUUUCGAAUACUACAAGAGUCAAGUGUGUAUCGGAUAGUGGUUUUUUUAUACGCGGGGAAGGUGAAUUGGCAAACCAAUCAGAAAGGCAUUUUGCUGGAGCGAUUGCUGCAAAUGAACUUAGAGCAUUAUUGCCUAGAUCAUGCACAUCUAAGAGGGACCCCAAUUUGUGUCUCUUUGCCGAGUAUUUGGUUGAAGAUGUUGCCACUCCACUCUUUAUAGCUGAAUCAGCUUUUGAUUCGUUCCAGAUUGGAUACAACUUCAUACUAACUAUUCCUGGUCUGGAUCCAAUUCAAUGGCGAAAUUGCUCACGUUUCUUGGAGGAGUGCAAUGCUACACAAAUAGAAAUAAUAAAAGAUUUUGGACCUAUUUUCAAGAAGACAUUAAUGAAACUCGAUAACUCUUCAAGUAGGGGGGUAUUCUUGGAUUCGUGCUAUCUUCAUACGCAUAUCUUCCAAAGCUAUAACUGGAUAAAAUACCCGGUGCUUGACAAUAAAAGUGUAGGAAAAGCUAUUGGUGAUUGGUUUUAUGAUCGAAGUGCAUUCCAAGAGAUAGAUGCUCUUAAUUUAUGUCCACAAUCAUGUUAUCCUAAAUAAUGGGCCGGUCUAAUUUUUUGAUUAUGUUAAGUAUGCGUAUCCGAUAGAGACGGCAGUUGUAAUGUAUAUCAAUAUCUCUUACAUAUUUUUAGUCUCCUUACUAGUAGAUCUUAGUAGAUCUUCCGUAACAUCUCUAACCUAAAACAUAAAUUUUGCAUAGCAAUAUAUAUUUUCUUUUUGUGUUGUUA